GUGCAAGAAGGCCACGGAGCUGCAUAGUAGCCCUCUUUUCCAAGCGCCAUCGGUCGAGCCCCCUCGCCUAGACCACUCCCACGCUCCUCUGCCGCGCCAACCAUGGCUGUCGCGCAACCUGAAGUCAAGCUUUUCGGGCGCUGGUCGUUCGACGACAUCGAGAUUAACGAUAUCUCUCUGGCGGAUUACAUUGCCGUGUCGGUGGACAAGCAUGCCACCUUCGUGCCCCACACCGCCGGGCGGUACUCCGUGAAGCGUUUCAGGAAGGCGCAAUGCCCCAUCGUUGAGAGGUUGACGAACUCCCUGAUGAUGCACGGGCGCAACAACGGGAAGAAGUUGAUGGCGGUGCGCAUCGUGAAGCACGCGAUGGAGAUCAUCCACCUGCUGACGGACCAGAACCCCAUCCAGGUCAUCGUGGAUGCCAUCAUCAACAGUGGUCCUCGUGAAGACGCAACGCGUAUCGGAUCCGCUGGAGUGAUCAGGAGGCAGGCCGUGGAUAUUUCUCCAUUGAGGAGGGUGAACCAGGCGAUCUACUUGCUGACGACGGGUGCGCGAGAGUCGGCGUUCAGGAACAUCAAGACGAUCGCGGAGUGCUUGGCGGACGAGUUGAUAAACGCGGCCAAGGGUUCGUCGAACAGCUACGCCAUCAAGAAGAAGGACGAGAUCGAGCGUGUGGCCAAAGCCAAUCGUUAAGCUAGUAUCAGGAUGGUGGUUGCUUAUAAAAGUAGUGUUUCAUUACACAACGGUGUCUAUAAAUUUUUGGUGGUUUGAUUUGACUACUCAUAUUUUGAUUAUUCAAGUUGUGGUUCGCCACAUAUGUUUCCUCCAGAUAUUUUUGUUUUAUAAGGUGUUGUGCAGA